UGGCAGCACUAAUAAAAAUCUAGACGUCAAAAGCUGAAAGCCGCCUUCGCGGAAUAGAUUUUUAUGUUAUUCCGGAAUUUCUACAUUAAUUUUCACGUAUAAAUUUUAUUUUCUUUCUAAACAGCUAAGUAAUUAAACUAAAACCAAAAUGUCUUUCAUGAAUCCCGUCGAUAUGGUUGAGGAAGAUGCAGCGGAUCUUCAAUUUCCAAAGGUCAAAUUAGAAGUUCCGAAUAAUUUAUCAAAAGUUAAUGGCAACCAGCAACAGCACAUUACAAAAGUGCGCCCCCAAGCUGAUACAAAAUAUACAACAACCUACUAUAAUGCUGAGGAGUUCAACAGAAACCUCGAGCAACGCACUAAAGCUAUACAACCAAGGAAUGCGGAUUACAUACAAGCUGGUGUAAAUAACACCGAACGUUGUUGCACUUGCAACUGCGAUCUCUACGAACCGUAUAUAAAGUGUCCCGAUUGUGAGUAUACGCUGCUGUGUAUGCAAUGCUUUGCGCAGGGGCGCGAGACUGCCACGCAUCUCAACACACAUUCGUAUAUCAUUGUGCGCGAUGAUAUACAAGUUUUCCCGGGUGCAAACAACUGGACGGCAAGGGAUGAGCGUAUACUCUUACACACGCUGGAAAAGAAAGGCUACGGCAAUUGGGAAGCAGUAUCGCAUGCAUUACAACUCCGACAUAGUGCUGACGAAUGCCGUCAGCAUUAUCAUAAUUUUUACUUUGGUGGCAUAUUUGAACGCCUGCUUGGCUUAACACAUUCAAGAAAUGCUUACUUUCCCGAACGUAUGCCUUAUGUGGUAAAGAUGCGUUCAGUGGAUCCACCGCGUAGCGAUGAGCCGGGUACAAUGCAAUUUAAAAUGAUGUCGGGUUAUCGUUGUGCACGUGGUGACUUCGACACACCAUACGACAACUCAGCUGAGGGCCUAUUAACAACAAUCAUGCAGGAUACCUUUAGCACGAAUGCGGCAACAGAUGACUACGAAGAAACGCUUGAUGAAAAUAGUCGUAAUGCUUACGAAGAAUUACAAUUGGCAGUGGUGGCGGCUUAUAACAAUCGCUUGAGAGAACGGCAACGUCGUUAUAAAAUAAUGCGUGACCAUGGUCUCAUAAUGCCGAAUCGUACAUUGGGCUGGAUUUCCAAGUAUGGUGAAGCGCUUGGUUCGGAAUCGAACUGCAGUCGUUUUCUAUCCUUCAUGCAAAUUUGCAAGCCUGCUAAGUUUGAUAUGUUGGUUGAGUCACUAAAAUAUUUCACAGACACACAAAAAACGAUUUAUCGUUUAUAUGAGCUGCGUCAGAAUGGUGUCCGCACACUAGCAGGUGGUUCGUUAUAUUUCAAAUUGAAGAAACGUCGUGCACAACAACAGCGUGAUCGCCAAAAAGACGAAAUCUAUCGACAAGUACACGAUUGGCGUAAGCUAAUACCAAGCGCUCAAACGCUUGUGCCUAAUCCCUUUGCCACAACUAAUGUAGUAAGCAAUCCUAGGCGUAAAGCUGGACCCAUGGAUAUUAUCGGUAUGCCCGGUUAUACCCGCCUCACUGAUGGCGAACGCAAACUGUGUAGCGUUGAACGCAUAGCGCCACAAGCAUAUAUUGACUACAAAAAUAUAUUAAUAGCGGAAAACAUGAAAAUGGGUCAUUUGCGCCUGGCCGAUGCGAGACGUUUAAUCAAAAUCGAUGUCAAUAAAACACGCCAAAUAUAUGAUUUCCUGAUUGAAAAUGGACACAUAAAUAGACCCCUGUGAUUUGUUUGCCUUUUAGCGUCUCACAACAAGUACCAACAACAAGCUUGUUUCUUAUUGCUAGAUAAUUUGAGAACGCAGAGACCUUGUUGAUAUCCGAAGUUCACAUGUUGCUUGACCAUCGCAAACGACAGAACGAAUCCGCCGAUGAAGAGCAGGAAUUCUCCGAAGUUUUUAUGAAGACAUACGCA